AUGGGCCCUGUUCCAAUUCUAUAUCCUCCCUCCGUUCCUUACUCCCUUCACCUCAAUGGGCCCUGUUCCAAUUCUAUAUCCUCCCUCCGUUCCUUACUCCCUUCACCUCAAUGGGCCCUGUUCCAAUUCUAUAUCCUCCCUCCGUUCCUUACUCCCUUCACCUCAAUGGGCCCUGUUCCAAUUCUAUAUCCUCCCUCCGUUCCUUACUCCCUUCACCUCAAUGGGCCCUGUUCCAAUUCUAUAUCCUCCCUCCGUUCCUUACUCCCUUCACCUCAAUGGGCCCUGUUCCAAUUCUAUAUCCUCCCUCCGUUCCUUACUCCCUUCACCUCAAUGGGCCCUGUUCCAAUUCUAUUAUCCUCCCUCCGUUCCUUACUCCCUUCACCUCAAUGGGCCCUGUUCCAAUUCUAUAUCCUCCCUCCGUUCCUUACUCCCUUCACCUCAAUGGGCCCUGUUCCAAUUCUAUAUCCUCCCUCCGUUCCUUACUCCCUUCACCUCAAUGGGCCCUGUUCCAAUUCUAUAUCCUCCCUCCGUUCCUUACUCCCUUCACCUCAAUGGGCCCUGUUCCAAUUCUAUAUCCUCCCUCCGUUCCUUACUCCCUUCACCUCAAUGGGCCCUGUUCCAAUUCUAUAUCCUCCCUCCGUUCCUUACUCCCUUCACCUCAAUGGGCCCUGUUCCAAUUCUAUUAUCCUCCCUCCGUUCCUUACUCCCUUCACCUCAAUGGGCCCUGUUCCAAUUCUAUAUCCUCCCUCCGUUCCUUACUCCCUUCACCUCAAUGGGCCCUGUUCCAAUUCUAUUAUCCUCCCUCCGUUCCUUACUCCCUUCACCUCAAUGGGCCCUGUUCCAAUUCUAUAUCCUCCCUCCGUUCCUUACUCCCUUCACCUCAAUGGGCCCUGUUCCAAUUCUAUAUCCUCCCUCCGUUCCUUACUCCCUUCACCUCAAUGGGCCCUGUUCCAAUUCUAUAUCCUCCCUCCGUUCCUUACUCCCUUCACCUCAAUGGGCCCUGUUCCAAUUCUAUAUCCUCCCUCCGUUCCUUACUCCCUUCACCUCAAUGGGCCCUGUUCCAAUUCUAUAUCCUCCCUCCGUUCCUUACUCCCUUCACCUCAAUGGGCCCUGUUCCAAUUCUAUAUCCUCCCUCCGUUCCUUACUCCCUUCACCUCAAUGGGCCCUGUUCCAAUUCUAUAUCCUCCCUCCUUUCCUUACUCCCUUCUCCUCAAUGGCCCUGUUCCAAUUCUAUAUCCUCCCUCCGUUCUUUACUCCCUUCACCUCAAUGGGCCCUGUUCCAAUUCUAUAUCCUCCCUCCGUUCCUUACUCCCUUCACCUCAAUGGGCCCUGUUCCAAUUCUAUAUCCUCCCUCCGUUCCUUACUCCCUUCACCUCAAUGGGCCCUGUUCCAAUUCUAUAUCCUCCCUCCUUUCCUUACUCCCUUCACCUCAAUGGGCCCUGUUCCAAUUCUAUAUCGUCCCUCCGUUCCUUACUCCCUUCACCUCAAUGGGCCCUGUUCCAAUUCUAUAUCCUCCCUCCGUUCCUUACUCCCUUCACCUCAAUGGGCCCUGUUCCAAUUCUAUAUCCUCCCUCCGUUCCUUACUCCCUUCACCUCAAUGGGCCCUGUUCCAAUUCUAUUAUCCUCCCUCCGUUCCUUACUCCCUUCACCUCAAUGGGCCCUGUUCCAAUUCUAUAUCCUCCCUCCGUUCCUUACUCCCUUCACCUCAAUGGGCCCUGUUCCAAUUCUAUAUCCUCCCUCCGUUCCUUACUCCCUUCACCUCAAUGGGCCCUGUUCCAAUUCUAUAUCCUCCCUCCGUUCCUUACUCCCUUCACCUCAAUGGGCCCUGUUCCAAUUCUAUUAUCCUCCCUCCGUUCCUUACUCCCUUCACCUCAAUGGGCCCUGUUCCAAUUCUAUUAUCCUCCCUCCGUUCCUUACUCCCUUCACCUCAAUGGGCCCUGUUCCAAUUCUAUAUCAUCUCUCCGUUCCUUACUCCCUUCACCUCAAUGGGCCCUGUUCCAAUUCUAUAUCCUCCCUCCGUUCCUUACUCCCUUCACCUCAAUGGGCCCUGUUCCAAUUCUAUUAUCCUCCCUCGCUUCCUUACUCCCUUCACCUCAAUGGGCCCUGUUCCAUUUCUAUUAUCCUCCCUCCGUUCCUUAUUCCCUUCACCUCAAUGGGCCCUGUUCCAAUUCUUAAUCCUCCCUCCGUUCCUUACUCCCUUCACCUCAAUGGGCCCUGUUCCAAUUAUAUAUCCUCCCUCCGUUCCUUACUCCCUUCACCUCAAUGGGCCCUGUUCCAAUUCUAUUAUCCUCCCUCCGUUCCUUACUCCCUUCACCUCAAUGAGCCCUGUUCCAAUUCUAUAUCCUCCCUCCGUUCCUUACUCGCUUCACCUCAAUGGGCCCUGUUCCAAUUCUAUAUCCUCCCUCCGUUCUUUACUCCCUUCACCUCAAUGGGCCCUGUUCCAAUUCUAUAUCCUCCCUCCGUUCUUUACUCCCUUCACCUCAAUGGGCCCUGUUCCAAUUCUAUAUCCUCCCUCCGUUCCUUACUCCCUUCACCUCAAUGGGCCCUGUUCCAAUUCUAUAUCCUCCCUCCGUUCCUUACUCCCUUCACCUCAAUGGGCCCUGUUCCAAUUCUAUAUCCUCCCUCCGUUCCUUACUCCCUUCACCUCAAUGGGCCCUGUUCCAAUUCUAUAUCCUCCCUCCGUUCCUUACUCCCUUCACCUCAAUGGGCCCUGUUCCAAUUCUAUAUCCUCCCUCCGUUCCUUACUCCCUUCACCUCAAUGGGCCCUGUUCCAAUUCUAUAUCCUCCCUCCGUUCCUUACUCCCUUCACCUCAAUGGGCCCUGUUCCAAUUCUAUAUCCUCCCUCCGUUCCUUACUCCCUUCACCUCAAUGGGCCCUGUUCCAAUUCUAUAUCCUCCCUCCGUUCCUUACUCCCUUCACCUCAAUGGGCCCUGUUCCAAUUCUAUAUCCUCCCUCCGUUCCUUACUCCCUUCUCCUCAAUGGGCCCUGUUCCAAUUCUAUAUCCUCCCUCCGUUCCUUACUCCCUUCACCUCAAUGGGCCCUGUUCCAAUUCUAUAUCCUCCCUCCGUUCCUUACUCCCUUCACCUCAAUGGGCCCUGUUCCAAUUCUAUUAUCCUCCCUCCAUUCCUUACUCCCUUCACCUCAAUGGGCCCUGUUCCAAUUCUAUUAUCCUCCCUCCUUUCCUUACUCCCUUCACCUCAAUGGGCCCUGUUCCAAUUCUAUAUCCUCCCUCCGUUCCUUACUCCCUUCUCCUUGAAGCACUUUCAUGACUAAGUGUAAUAAUGUCAUUCUAAUGACAUCUAAAUGUAAUUAGUCCAGAGGUCUUUCUCUGAAUGUGUAUUUUUCUUUUGAAACAAAUCAGAUUGUGUAUACAGUGCCUCUCUGUGUGUUCUGCAACACCAGUUCCACCAUAACUCCUAUUGUCUGGUCAUAAUGCUUUUAAUUCACACUGAUAUUAAGUUAGAAUGUGUUAAUGUUCUGGUGUUGGGUUAAUAAUGAUGUUUAGAAUGUGUUAAUGUUCUGGUGUUGGGUUAAUAAUGAUGUUUAGAAUGUUUUAAUGUUCUGGUGUUGGGUUAAUAAUGAUGUUUAGAAUGUUUUAAUGUUCUGGUGUUGGGUUAAUAAUGAUGUUUAGAAUGUUUUAAUGUUCUGGUGUUAAUAAUGAUGUUUAGAAUGUUUUAAUGUUCUGGUGUUAAUAAUGAUGUUUAGAAUGUUUUAAUGUUCUGGUGUUGGGUUAAUAAUGAUGUUUAGAAUGUUUUAAUGUUCUGGUGUUGGGUUAAUAAUGAUGUUUAGAAUGUUUUAAUGUUCUGGUGUUGGGUUAAUAAUGAUGUUUAGAAUGUUUUAAUGUUCUGGUGUUGGGUUAAUAAUGAUGUUUAGAAUGUUUUAAUGUUCUGGUGUUGGGUUAAUAAUGAUGUUUAGAAUGUUUUAAUGUUCUGGUGUUGGGUUAAUAAUGAUGUUUAGAAUGUUUUAAUGUUCUGGUGUUGGGUUAAUAAUGAUGUUUAGAAUGUUUUAAUGUUCUGGUGUUAAUAAUGAUGUUUAGAAUGUUUUAAUGUUCUGGUGUUGGGUUAAUAAUGAUGUUUAGAAUGUUUUAAUGUUCUGGUGUUGGGUUAAUAAUGAUGUUUAGAAUGUUUUAAUGUUCUGGUGUUGGGUUAAUAAUGAUGUUUAGAAUGUUUUAAUGUUCUGGUGUUGGGUUAAUAAUGAUGUUUAGAAUGUUUUAAUGUUCUGGUGUUGGGUUAAUAAUGAUGUUUAGAAUGUUUUAAUGUUCUGGUGUUGGGUUAAUAAUGAUGUUUAGAAUGUUUUAAUGUUCUGGUGUUGGGUUAAUAAUGAUGUUUAGAAUGUUUUAAUGUUCUGGUGUUGGGUUAAUAAUGAUGUUUAGAAUGUUUUAAUGUUCUGGUGUUGGGUUAAUAAUGAUGUUUAGAAUGUUUUAAUGUUCUGGUGUUAAUAAUGAUGUUUAGAAUGUUUUAAUGUUCUGGUGUUAAUAAUGAUGUUUAGAAUGUUUUAAUGUUCUGGUGUUGGGUUAAUAAUGAUGUUUAGAAUGUUUUAAUGUUCUGGUGUUGGGUUAAUAAUGAUGUUUAGAAUGUUUUAAUGUUCUGGUGUUGGGUUAAUAAUGAUGUUUAGAAUGUUUUAAUGUUCUGGUGUUGGGUUAAUAAUGAUGUUUAGAAUGUUUUAAUGUUCUGGUGUUAAUAAUGAUGUUUAGAAUGUUUUAAUGUUCUGGUGUUGGGUUAAUAAUGAUGUUUAGAAUGUUUUAAUGUUCUGGUGUUGGGUUAAUAAUGAUGUUUAGAAUGUUUUAAUGUUCUGGUGUUGGGUUAAUAAUGAUGUUUAGAAUGUUUUAAUGUUCUGGUGUUGGGUUAAUAAUGAUGUUUAGAAUGUUUUAAUGUUCUGGUGUUAAUAAUGAUGUUUAGAAUGUUUUAAUGUUCUGGUGUUAAUAAUGAUGUUUAGAAUGUUUUAAUGUUCUGGUGUUGGGUUAAUAAUGAUGUUUAGAAUGUUUUAAUGUUCUGGUGUUGGGUUAAUAAUGAUGUUUAGAAUGUUUUAAUGUUCUGGUGUUGGGUUAAUAAUGAUGUUUAGAAUGUUUUAAUGUUCUGGUGUUGGGUUAAUAAUGAUGUUUAGAAUGUUUUAAUGUUCUGGUGUUAAUAAUGAUGUUUAGAAUGUUUUAAUGUUCUGGUGUUAAUAAUGAUGUUUAGAAUGUUUUAAUGUUCUGGUGUUGGGUUAAUAAUGAUGUUUAGAAUGUUUUAAUGUUCUGGUGUUGGGUUAAUAAUGAUGUUUAGAAUGUUUUAAUGUUCUGGUGUUGGGUUAAUAAUGAUGUUUAGAAUGUUUUAAUGUUCUGGUGUUGGGUUAAUAAUGAUGUUUAGAAUGUUUUAAUGUUCUGGUGUUAAUAAUGAUGUUUAGAAUGUUUUAAUGUUCUGGUGUUAAUAAUGAUGUUUAGAAUGUUUUAAUGUUCUGGUGUUGGGUUAAUAAUGAUGUUUAGAAUGUUUUAAUGUUCUGGUGUUGGGUUAAUAAUGAUGUUUAGAAUGUUUUAAUGUUCUGGUGUUGGGUUAAUAAUGAUGUUUAGAAUGUUUUAAUGUUCUGGUGUUGGGUUAAUAAUGAUGUUUAGAAUGUUUUAAUGUUCUGGUGUUGGGUUAAUAAUGAUGUUUUUGUGUUCUGAAAGAGUUUGAUCCCUCAUGAUCACAUGUUAUGUUAAUGAGAUGUUAAGGUGGUGUUUCUGAUAUGGUAAAUAUAUGUUCAUUUACACGGG